UACGAAAAGGAUCUUUUAUAUAGUUCAUUCUGAGUCUCUGAACCAAAAACAAAAACCACCAACUUUGUAACUCUGCAGAGUUUUCUCUUCUCUCCCUUCUGCUUUGGCAGACUCUAGGGGAUUUUGCUUUGCAAUAUUUUGUGUGUCAAUUGGUGGCGGCUUUAUAACGGUGGCUAUUAUUGUGCAGAGUUUUCAUGAUUUUGGCAAGCUCCAUAGGGUAUGGUCAGAUUCUGAAGCUCUAAAUUUUCUUACAUUUAAAGUUUGGUUUAAAGUUUUAUCUGGCACAACCUAUGAAUAAGAGAUCCAUAGUCAUCAUCACUACCCAUCAAGCACAAUUGAGAACAAAGAAAAAGUAGGGGAAAAAAGGAAAAUAAAUAAAAAGUUACUAAGAGCCAAGGCAUUCAGAAGAAGGAGGAUCUGUCAUCUGAAUUUUCUUACUUGAAGCUUUAGGAGAAAGAGACAUCUCGACCAAGAUCUAGACACUGGUUUUGUGGAUAAGAGAGACAAUGUUGUCUCAGAAGCAAGCAGAGGAAGCAAUAGUCACAAACCUCAACGAGACAGAACAUGAAGUGGGAAGCACAAGGGAAGAAGAGAGGGAGCAAGACCACUCCAUGUUCAGUCUCAAGAGCAUCCUUUGGCAUGGCGGUUCUGUUUGGGAUGCAUGGUUCAGCUGUGCUUCAAAUCAAGUGGCUCAAGUGCUCUUGACACUCCCAUACUCCUUCUCUCAACUUGGCAUGCUAUCAGGCAUCUUGUUUCAGGUGUUCUAUGGAAUUAUCGGAAGCUGGACUGCUUAUCUAAUCAGUGUCCUCUACGUUGAGUACCGAACCAGAAAGGAAAAGGAAAACGUCAACUUCAAGAACCAUGUCAUUCAGUGGUUCGAAGUCCUUGAUGGGUUACUUGGUCCAUAUUGGAAAGCAGUGGGGCUAGCCUUCAACUGUACUUUCCUCCUCUUUGGAUCUGUGAUACAGCUUAUAGCAUGUGCAAGUAACAUCUAUUACAUAAAUGACAAAUUGGAUAAACGGACUUGGACUUAUAUUUUUGGAGCUUGCUGUGCGACCACUGUGUUCAUACCUUCCUUCCACAAUUACCGAAUCUGGUCAUUUUUGGGUCUUGGAAUGACCACUUACACGGCUUGGUAUCUUGCUGUGGCAGCUAUCCUUCAUGGCCAGGUGGAAAAUGUCAAACACUCGGGUCCAUCAAAGCUAGUGCUAUACUUCACUGGAGCCACUAACAUACUCUACACCUUUGGAGGACAUGCUGUGACUGUAGAGAUUAUGCAUGCCAUGUGGAAGCCCCAAAAGUUCAAGUACAUCUACCUGCUGGCCACUUUGUACGUUUUUACACUAACGAUUCCCUCCGCGGUUGCCGUCUAUUGGGCUUUUGGUGAUAUGCUUCUUAACCACUCCAACGCCUUCUCUCUCCUCCCCAAGUCUGGCUUCCGUGACGCCGCCGUUAUCCUCAUGCUCGUUCACCAGUUCAUCACAUUUGGGUUUGCGUGCACUCCAUUGUAUUUUGUGUGGGAGAAGGUGAUUGGGAUGCAUGACACAAAGAGCAUCUGUUUGAGAGCACUUGCACGAUUGCCGGUGGUGAUACCGAUAUGGUUUUUGGCAAUAAUCUUUCCUUUCUUUGGUCCCAUAAAUUCAGCUGUUGGAUCUCUGCUCGUUAGUUUCACUGUCUACAUCAUCCCUUCCUUAGCCCAUAUGCUCACUUACAGAAAACCCACUGCCAGACAGAAUGCUGCAGAGAAGCCUCCUUUCUUCAUGCCAAGUUGGACUGCAAUGUAUGUAUUGAAUGCAUUCAUUGUUGUAUGGGUUUUUGUUGUUGGAUUUGGGCUUGGAGGAUGGGCCAGCAUGACAAACUUCAUAAGGCAAAUUGAUACAUUUGGGCUUUUUGCUAAGUGCUACCAGUGCCCUCCUGCAAAACCACUUGUUGUGGCAGCACCACCCCCUCAUGCUCCUCAUCAUUAGAGCAAAAGCUUAUUCAUUCACCUCAACAUGGUAGAGUUCAGCAACAAUCACAUUUACCUCAAUACUUUGUAUUAUACAUGGGGGAAAAUGUUGAACAUAUACUUCCCCUUUUCUAUGAUGUGUGUGCUGGCUGGCUUUUACAUUGUUUUUGUCCUUUUUCUUUGUUAUAUAGUAUUUUGUCCCUCCCUUCUUGUAAGAUUAGUUGAUUAAAACUAGUGUGUCAAAUGUUAUCAUUCCUUUCCUAUGAAAUGCACAGGCUAAUUAAAUUUAAAUUAAACACUAUGCUUUGGUAUC